CUCCCGGCCACCGUAGCGGGAGCGGCGGAAGCCCCCUCGCCGGCCACCGUCCCGGGAGGUGCCGCGGCGGAUGGUCCGCGUUGUCCCGCCGCCCCCUCCCGCCCGCCCCUGUCGGAGUCGGCGGCGUCGGCGGCGGCAGAUGGCGCGGGAGCGCGCGGCGCGGCGGGGCCCGGGCUGGCGGGGCGGGAGGCGGCCGCCGCCGCGGCGGCUGCUGUUGGCGCUGCUGCUGUUGUUAAUGCCAGCGCUGCCGGGCUUGGGGCCCGCCGCCGCCGCGGCCGCCGCUGCCGCUGAAGAGGCGGCGGCGGCGGCGAAGGAAUGCGACAAGCCGUGCGCCAACGGCGGGCGGUGCCAGCCGGCCAGCGGGCAGUGCGAGUGCCAGCCCGGCUGGGUGGGCGACCAGUGCCAGCACUGCGGGGGACGCUUCAGACUCACUGGACCUUCAGGGUAUGUCACGGAUGGGCCUGGGAAUUACAAAUACAAAACAAAGUGCACCUGGCUCAUUGAAGGAAGGCCAAACACAAUCCUCAGGCUUCGAUUCAAUCACUUUGCCACAGAGUGUAGUUGGGACCACUUGUAUGUGUAUGAUGGAGAUUCCAUUUACGCUCCCUUGCUGGCAGCCUUUAGUGGUCUUAUUGUUCCUGAGAAAGACAGCAAUGAAACAGUACCAGAAGUUGUAGCUACUUCUGGAUAUGCCCUUCUGCAUUUCUUCAGUGAUGCUGCCUAUAAUUUAACAGGGUUUAAUAUCACAUAUAAUUUCAACAUGUGUCCCAAUAAUUGCUCCGGCCGAGGAGAGUGCAAGCUCAAUAACAGCACCAAUGCCCUUGAAUGUGAAUGUGCCAAAUACUGGAAAGGAGAAGCUUGUGAUAUUCCCUACUGUACUGAGGACUGUGGGGCACCUCAGAGAGGCCACUGCAACUUCAAUGAUACUAAGGCAUGUCUGUGCUCUGCAGGCUGGCAAGGUCCUGGCUGUUCAAUUCCUGUUCCUGCAAACCAAUCCUUUUGGACCCGGGAGGAAUACUCUCUUCCAAAACUUCCCAGAGCAUCUCACAAAACUGUGAUCCAUGACAAUAAAAUGUGGAUAGUAGGAGGUUAUGUCUUCAAUCAUUCUGACUCUCAGAAGGUUUUGGCGUAUGAUCUUAUUUCUGAAGAGUGGCUUCCACUGGAGAACACUGUGAACUCUGUAGAGAUGAGAUAUGGGCACUCAUUGGCAUUACAUGAGGAUGACAUAUACAUGUAUGGUGGGAAGAUAGACGCGACAGGGAACGUGACCAACCAGCUCUGGGUGUUCCACAUCCCCAGCCGGAGCUGGGCUCAGGCCACGCCGAAAGCCAAGGAGCAGUACGCUGUGGUGGGUCACUCGGCUCACAUCGUCACCCUGAGGGACAACAGCACUGUCAUGCUCGUCAUCUUUGGCCAUUGCCCUCUUUAUGGGUACAUCAGCAAUGUCCAGGAAUACAACCUGACUGCAAACACGUGGAACGUUUUACAGACGAGCGGAGCUUUGGUGCAAGGAGGGUACGGUCACAGCAGUGUCUAUGAUCCAAAUACAAGAUCCAUUUAUAUCCAUGGAGGUUACAAAGCAUUCAGUGCCAACAAAUACAGGCUAGCAGAUGACUUGUACAAAUAUGAAGUCGAUUCCCGGAUGUGGACUAUCCUGAAAGACAGCAAGUUCUUUCGCUACUUGCACACAGCUGUGAUAGUGAGUGGAACCAUGCUGGUGUUUGGAGGAAACACUCACAAUGACACCUCCAUGAGCCACGGCGCCAAGUGCUUCUCUUCCGACUUCAUGGCCUAUGAUAUUGCCUGUGACCGAUGGUCUGUUCUUCCUCGCCCGGGUCUCCACCACGAUGUGAACAGGUUUGGACAUUCUGCUGUGCUCUACAACAGCACCAUGUAUGUAUUUGGAGGCUUCAACAGCCUCCUCCUGAGUGACAUACUGAAGUACACACCUGAGAGAUGUGAAGCUUUUGCCAACAAAACAGGCUGCUUGAGAGCAGGUCCUGGCGUCAGAUGCGUGUGGGAUGACGGCCCCGCUCGCUGCGUCCCCUGGGAAAUGGCGACAGUAAAGCAGCAGCAAAAGGUCUUUGAAGACUGUCCUCCCAAGCCAGUUGUAGACAAUGAGAAAUGUGAUCAGAUUACAGACUGCUAUAGCUGUACAGCAAAUACAAACAACUGUCAAUGGUGCACUGACCAGUGUAUCUCAAUGCACAACAACUGCACAGAGGAACAGGUUCCUAUUACUCUGUAUGACAAUUGUCCUAAGGAUAACCCUGCCUAUUACUGUAACAAAAAGACAAGUUGUAAAAGCUGUGCCAUGGAUCAAAACUGCCAGUGGGAACCCAGGAAUCAGGAGUGCAUCGCUUUACCAGAAAACAUCUGUGGAACAAACUGGCAUUUGGUUGGCAACUCCUGCUUGAAAAUUACCAACGCCAAGGAGAACUAUGACCAUGCCAAACUGUCCUGCAGAUCCAAUGGUGCUCUGCUGGCUUCUCUCACAACCCAGAAAAAGGUGGAAUUUGUUCUAAAGGAGCUGCAGAAGAUGCAGUCUUCGCCCAAGACUUUGACUCCGUGGGUUGGCCUGAGGAAAAUCAAUGUGUCAUAUUGGUGCUGGGAGGAUAUGUCUCCCUUCACCAACACCCUCCUCCAGUGGCUCCCUGAUGAACCAAGUGAUGCUGGAUUCUGUGGUUAUUUAGCUGAGCCCUUCCGACAGGGGCUGAAGGCAGCAACGUGUAUCAACGAGGUCAACGGCAGCGUCUGCGAAAGGCCAGCAAACCACAGCGCCAAGCAGUGCCGCACGCCCUGCGCCCUGCGCACCGUCUGCGGCGAGUGCACCAGCGGCAGCUCCGAGUGCAUGUGGUGCAGCAACAUGAAGCAGUGCGUGGACUCCAAUGCUUAUGUGGCCUCCUUCCCCUACGGGCAGUGCAUGGAGUGGUACACCAUGAGCAGCUGUCCACCUGAGAACUGCUCAGGCUACUGCACGUGCAGUCACUGCCUGGAGCAGCCGGGCUGCGGGUGGUGCACCGACCCCAGCAACACGGGCAAAGGGAAGUGCAUCGAGGGCUCUUACAGAGGUCCAGUCAAGAUGCCAAACCCAUCAGCACCAGGGAAGCACAGCUUGGAGCCUGUCCUGAAUGUCAGCAUGUGUCCUGUGGAGAACAACUAUAACUGGUCCUUCAUUCAGUGUCCAGCCUGCCAGUGUAAUGGACACAGCAAGUGUGUCAAUGAAAGCAUCUGUGAGAAGUGUGAAAAUCUGACGACUGGCAGACACUGUGAGACGUGUAUCUCGGGCUACUACGGUGACCCCACUAAUGGAGGAACGUGUCAGCCUUGCAAGUGCAAUGGCCACGCAUCUGUCUGCAACACAAACACAGGGAAAUGUUUCUGCACCACCAAGGGAAUCAAAGGAGACGAGUGUCAACUGUGUGAAGUUGAAAAUAGGUAUCAGGGAAAUCCACUCAAAGGAACGUGUUACUAUACUCUCCUCAUUGACUAUCAGUUCACCUUCAGCCUUUCUCAGGAGGAUGAUCGUUAUUACACAGCAAUCAACUUCGUAGCAACACCUGAAGAGCAAAACAGAGACCUGGACAUGUUCAUCAACGCAUCUAAGAACUUCAACCUCAACAUUACUUGGUCCACAAGUUUUGCAGCUGGCACACAGGCUGGGGAGGAAAUUCCAGUUGUUUCCAGAACCAAUAUAAAGGAAUACAAAGACAGUUUCUCCAAUGAGAAGUUUGAUUUCCGCAACAACCCGAACAUCACUUUCUUUGUCUAUGUCAGCAAUUUCACCUGGCCCAUAAAAAUACAGAUUGCAUUCUCACAGCACAGCAACUUUAUGGACCUGGUACAGUUCUUUGUGACGUUUUUCAGUUGUUUCCUGUCUUUGCUCCUGGUGGCAGCUGUGGUUUGGAAGAUUAAACAGAGUUGCUGGGCGUCGCGUCGGAGAGAGCAACUCCUGCGUGAGAUGCAGCAGAUGGCCAGUCGCCCCUUCGCCUCCAUCAACGUUGCCUUAGAAACAGAUGAAGAGCCGCCAGAUCUCAUUGGGGGAAGCAUAAAGACUGUACCAAAGCCAAUAGCUCUGGAGCCCUGUUUUGGGAACAAAGCAGCCGUUCUGUCUGUAUUCGUGAGGUUGCCCCGAGGACUUGGGGGUAUCCCACCACCAGGACAGUCAGGUCUCGCAGUGGCCAGUGCACUGGUGGACAUUUCACAACAGAUGCCAAUCGCCUACAAAGAGAAAUCCGGUGCAAUCCGAAAUCGGAAACAGCAGCCCCCUGCACAGCCAGGAACCUGUAUUUGAUGCAUGGACAUCAGAAACUGUAUAGGCUUUUAAACAAAAUGGAAAAGUAAUCCCUAGGAGGAGGAGGAGGAGGAGGAGGAGGAGGAGAAGGAAUGAUUUCCCAAGUUGUGUCCCGAGAGACUAGAAGCGCUCAGAAAAAAGAAACACAACUUCCUUGAACCCAACUCUUUUUGUUUCUCUCUCAUCUACGUGAUAGUUGGCUUUAUUUGACAGCUGCUCCACUUAAGUUUUACUGACACGUGGCUUCAGGUUGCUCCUUUGUUUUUCCUUCUGAGUUGCAAGUAAAAGGUGGUUUGGUUGCAGGUCCCGGUAACAUCCGAUCCGACGCCGCUCGUGGUCAGUGUAAAUACAACAGUAGCCCAAUCUGAAUGACACUCAGGUUUACACAUGGAAAAGUGCUUUGUAGUUCAUGUAUUUAUCAACCUGUCCAACAAGAGAAAAGAUGCAGUGUUUACAGGUGUCAGCUUCUCAACACAUAAACACUACUAUUAAUCUCCGAAGCAUCUUCAUCCUUUUGUUUCCGUUCCGUAGCGCGUGUUUUAUUCCCCUCGGGAGCAAAGUGCAACUCUCUUCCACAUCCACCAUCGUGGUCCAGAACAUCAAGAGAGCAAAAGCUGGGAUGGUUUGAGGCUCAAUGUCUCUCAGACCACGUGCAGCACCUGGAGAAGUCAAACCAUUGCUUUGGAAGGAACUCGGUGUUUACCGUGGUCUGAAACCUGCUCGGAGUGCACCACACACAAGUGCCUAGGCUUGAACAGAUCUAGGGAGCGAGGACACCGCUGCACCAGUUUCAUUUUAACACCAUGGUGUUCCUUUGGGAUGCAUCUAGAGACAACAUAGGUCCAGUCACCCAAGGCAAUCUGUGUUCUGUGUAACGUUGCCACGUGCAGUCAGGGGAAAAUGGCUUUUUCCUGACCGACAAACUACUCGACCAAGUGGAAAUAUCUGGAGGGAAAGUACAUUUUCAGUGUCUCAUCAGAAAACUCCCUGGUUUGACCAGCUCUUGUAAUAGCAGCAGUUUGUGUUCCAGGUCAGAUACGUGGUUUUCUCUUGCUCAUUUGGCCUCUUUCCCCUCACCCCAGCUUCCCUCCUGCCAUUCUUCCGAGCUGUGCCGGGGCUCAGAGGCGUCACUCCUCAGCACUAAGGGUUGCUCCAUCUCCUUACAGGGUGUAAAAAGCAACACUCCAGGUGCCAGACCCUUUGAGGAUAAAGUAAAAAAAGGGCUUUCCAUAAAAAGCAAGCAGAGCAGCUUCAGUGGGCCACGGCUUUGAGCCCCACAUGAUCAGUCACUGACAUCUCCCAUUGGGGCUGAGCUCUCCUUUCCAUGCCGAAGCAGGUUGGUGGUGGCUGCAAAGAGCAAAGUGAAGGCUUUUUGGGAGGGGAUGUAUCAAACCAUCUGAGGUAUCUUGACUGGUUUGAGGCCUGAGGUUGGAUGUAACCCAUCAGUGUGUGCACACCAGUGCUGAUGGUGGAGCUGGUAGUUGAAGGUGCCAAAGGAGGAGUGUGAUUGUGGCUUAACCACAGCUCAGCGCAGCUUCCUUCAGGUGCCUGAGUCGCUGGUUUCUGACGAGGACAUCAAGUAUUUAUGAACUGGAGAAGUAACAAAUGAAGGGGAUUGAAGUGCUCUUGAAUCUUCUGGCCAGGCAGCACCCUCUUCCAAAAUGAAACCCAAGGAACUGGUUUUCUGUGCACGUUUUGGUGAUGUAUCAGCCACUCGGUUUUGUGUUUGAGGGUCGGUUUUUGGUCCAAUAUAUUUGACAGAGGCUCUUUGGAGCACGUCAGCAUCACAAUAAAGGUGUGAAGAAUCCAGACAGCAGUGAUGGGGGACUGGUGGAAGGACUGUGGUGGAUUACAGUUCUGAUUUAACGUGUCAUUUAACAAACACAACAGAAUUGCAGUAAAUAUACUGGGGGGAAAUGCAUUUUAUUGAUGUGUGUGUGUGUAUAUACAUAUAUAAAAUGCAUUUGUUUCUAAACUAGAGGUUUAAAUGCCCUCUGGGGAAAAGAAAUAGGAGGGAAAGGGGUGACCUUUGUCUUUUAGACUGAAGGGGCUUGGGCAAUUAAAGUUUUAACCAAUUACCUCAAACAGAUUCAUCUCCUGGAAGUGUUUUCUAUCUUCCUUUAACCUGGACUAGAGAAAUAAUCCUGGACUAAAAUCCCUCCCCUUGUUUUAUCACUUCCCACGUUUUCAGCUGUGAUGGACCUCCUCAUGUUGAGAGAUGUCUCCUUCUUGCUUCUCUGACACCUCCUUGGGAAGAGAGCUGCCCACCCAAGUUGAGGAGGCUCUUGCACUCAAGCCUCCAUAUUCAAGGACAGCACUUAAGCAGGUGCUUAAAGUUGUGGCUUGGGUUUUGCUGAACAGAAACAGCAUUCAUUCAGAACUGGAGAGCUGAUAGGUUUCUACAUUAACAAAAAGAUCUCAGUGUUGGGUUUCUCUUUCCCACCCCACCCCUGGAGAGAUGGGUUGUCUGGUCUCAAAAGCUCACGGCUGGAGCGUGCCCAGGAGUGCAGCCACAAAGUCAGGUGCCACAUCUUGGAAAGGUGAGCAAAAGUGAUCAAACUUGGAGGUUUAAGAGAAGCAGAACAAGUAAAUAGAGGAAUGGGGCUUAUUUGUAUAAACAAGAUGAAGCAGCUCCAUUAGGAUGGAUGCUCUGCAUCUCAUCUCCAUACUGAUGAGGGGGAAAGAGAACUCUCAUACAUGUCCCCGCUGCCAACAGCUUCAUCCCAACUUAGAGACAAAGGUGGGGAUGGAUUAAGGGGGAAGAAGAGUUGCUGGUGGUUUAUCAGCAAAAGUGAAGGAUUGGUGGGUUUCUUUCUUUUGGAGGUGGGGGCAGAGCAGCCUCCUUUCAUGAGAGAAUGUGAGCAGUACCACACUGAUCCUGCACUUGCACAUCAACUCCACGGUGGUGUGCAGAGCAGGGAGAGAUUUAACGUGCACAUAAACCAGGGAGAAACAACUAUUGAAUGUAUUUUAAAUGAGGGAUGAGUUUGGUCUUUAAUAACUUCUCCAUGUGAUGAGCAUCAGGGCUUUUACCUUUGUGAUAUGUUGCAGUGUAAAGCAGGGAGGGCAUAACUUGGCUUGGAUGUGUUCAAAUGCAUUUCACUUCAAUGCAGAAGAGGAGUAAAACGUGGCUCUUCCAUUUGAAAGGAGGGGAGGGGGAAACAACCCCAAUGCUGAGAGGCAGGUAAUAAAUGUACUUAAAGCAGUCAUUAUGUGGAGGAUUAAGUCAGCAGUUUAAGCCUCAAGCAUUAAGGUUGUGCCAGUGAUUUCCAUUCAGAGUCACUGCUGGCAAGUGUCUGGAGCUGGCUGGAAUUCAGCACUCGAGUUCUCAGCCCUCAGAACGUUUCUAUUCCUUGAGUGUAGCCUUUAAAAAAGGACAAACUAAUAAAGAAAUCAGAACCAUUGUAGCCCUUUUCUUCUAGGAAGCAACAGUGGCCCUGGGCCUGCAAGAAGCAGCCUUUGGGUUGACCUUUUCCCUUUGUUUUUAGCCCAGGAUUUCCUCUGGUUGGUGUAGCAUGAGUGGCCCUGCCACGAGAUGUUGGGUGCAAGAAGGUGGGACAUGACUUUUGACUUCUUGCCACUUUCCCUGGGCUUCAAAUGCUCUGUGCUGACAUUGCCAAAAUGAAGCUGUACAUGGUUAGGGUAAUGCCUGUGAUUAGCACAAAAGCAGAAGGGGGUGAUGUAGCAAAACUUGAUGGUGUGGUGCCACAAAAGCACGAGAGCAGAACACCCCUCCUUAAGCAGGGCUGGCACAACAGAUAUUGCUCAGAAACACCCUUUUCUAUGCUGUAAACCUUUGCCUUUGCUUGGGUUUAUGGUGUGGUUUUGAAGUGACAGCUCAGCUUGCUCGGCCCUGAAGCAGCUGUAACGAGCUUUUGAUGAAACCCCCUCGCCCCAGAGGCUGAAAUCAACCUUUGGGCUCCUCCCCUGACCCCUGAAAGUCCAAAGAUGAGGCUGAAUCUCCAUCCUCACUGCUCCCAAUGCUUGCAGCCACCUUUGCUUUUCCAUCAGACCCCAACUUGGGGGCAAAGCUGCAUCCCUGAACCUGCAAAACCCUUUUCCGUGCCAAGAGGGAGGUGCCAGCGCUGUGAGACAGCAGAGAACAAGACCCUCCGUGGCAAGAGCAGCUUUAAACCCCCUCCUUGGGGCUGGCAGCGAGGGGAGGGGGUCUCUCCUUUGCCCUUUUCCUUUGCACCUUCUUUUGGGAGCCCCAUAGGGUCAGGAAGGGAAGGGAAGGGGUUUGUCAGAGCCUCCUGAGCUGCAAGGGCAGGUUGCAGGUGGAAAGGUGCCGCUGGGAGAGGCAUCGAGGGAGGGGAGGGAAAGGAUGGGGUUAGGUUUGUUCUGCUCACUUUCAGACCUGUUCUUGGCAGUUUUGGUCCAAUUCACAUGGGGUUUUUUUCUGUUGCCAGCUGCUUUAACCAGAUGAUUUCCCCACAAUGCAUGGAUGCUGUUGUUUUCUGCUUGUGCAUCAGUGCAGGGCUUGUUGAGUCUCAUCCUUAACACUACACACACUGGGUUUUGUGUGUCUUCCAGGUACUACACAGCUCUUUAGACAUUUCCCUCUGCCUUCACAAAACCUCACUAGACUAAAGGAGGACAGAAAGAAGCCCACAACAAAUGUGUGGAGGAGUGUAACACAUGUCAGUCUAUUUUUGGUUGGGUUGGGGGGGAGUUUCCCUAAUAAAAAAGCAACUAAAACCAGAGUUUUCUGUCCCUCUGAGGUUUGUGCACAAGAAAUGUUCUUUAGGAGCCUUCAAUUAAUUGUAUUUGGAUUUUUUCCCCCCUCCCCCUUUGCUUUCCCCCCCCACUUUGUUCUGUAAUUAGGGUUCUUCUCUGUGUUCCCACCUCUUGAGCUUAGUUUUGUUAAUAUGUAUAAUUCAGCAUUUCUUGCAUUCAGAUGUAAAUAACGAGCCAGUAUUGUAAACUAUUCCAUUGCUGGGGCCUCUGGGUGUUCUACAGACACAUUUAGGACUGCAGGUUUUUUGGUAUAAUUUUUUUGUAUUGUAAAAUAGCAGCUAAUUUAAAGCAGGAGGGAGGAGAUUGUUGGGAGGCCUGUGCAUUUUAAAUACCAAUGUGAAGUACAUGUACAGAAACACAAGUAAAUAAUGCAAAUCUUUCCUCUGAAAUAAAAAGUAGAUGAUCUGGUUACAA